CUUCUCUUCAUCUUCUUCUCACUCUCUCUCACUCUCUCUCUCUCUCUCUCUCUCUCUCUCUCUUUCUCUUUCUCUUUGUGGAAGGGUUUUUGGAGCUUGGAAGAGCCAUGGGAGAGGAUGAGAGGAGGAACUUGGCUUCAGAGUUAGCAAAGGAUGUGGCAGAGGAGAAGGGAGUGUUACCUCCACCAGCUGAGCAAAAGCCUGAUGAUUCUAAAGCUCUUACUAUUGUUGAGAAGGUUGCAGAUCCACCAGCUGAGAAAAUUGCUGACAGAGAUGCUAUUCUUGCUCGAGUGGAAACUGAAAAGAGAAUGUCUUUGAUCCGAGCUUGGGAAGACAGUGUAAAAAAACUAAAGCUGAAAAACAGAGCUAUUAAGAAGAUGUCGGCGAUUACUUCAUGGGAGAACACAAAGAAGGCAUCUAUAGAAGCUCAACUAAAGAAGAUCGAGGAGGAUUUAGAAAAGAAGAAGGCAGAGUACGCGGAGAAAAUGAAAAACAAGGUGGCAAUGGUUCACAAGGCCGCGGAAGAGAAGAGAGCAUUCACCGAGGCGAAGCGAGGAGAGGAUAUCUUGAAGGCUGAGGAGGUAGCUGCAAAGUACCGUGCCUCCGGCCUUUCUCCAAUAAAGCUUUUCGGAUGUUUCGGUGCUUAGAAUUCGAUCAAAACAUAAAGGAAAAAUAUCGAAAUCUCAUUGAAGGUUCUCUACUUGUUUUAACUUGUGUACCACUCUCUGAUCUAUAUUAUAUUGAGUUUGUUGUUGGAAUUGGUUUGUUGUAGGUUGUGAAACUGAUGAAAUUUGUAAUGUUUAUGUUUGUUAAUUAUUGUGUGUAAAAGUGUGAUGUUA